CUGAACGGUCUCAACACUGUUACGCGAUUUCUUUUUCUUUCCAUUAUUAUCACACAUCUUUUUAUUGAGUAAAGGUUUUAAGGUUUUAAAGAAAGAUUUAUUACAAUUGAAAUAGACAAGAAUAAAAAAUAGCUGAAAUAAAAUAAAAAUAUACACAAAAUGUCUAUUAACAAUAGUUUUGCUAUAGCUGUGGUUUGCUCUUCAAAUAUGAAUCGCUCAAUGGAAGCACACAAUUUUCUGGCUAAAAAAGGCUUCAAUGUACGGUCCUUUGGAACAGGGGAACGUGUUAAAUUGCCGGGUACAGCUAUUGAUAAGCCAAAUAUAUAUGAAUUUGGAACACCCUACGAUACUAUAUAUAAUGAUUUAGCUACAAAAGACAAACAAUAUUAUACUCAGAAUGGUUUACUACAUAUGCUAGAUCGUAAUAGGCGUAUUAAAAAGUGUCCCGAAAGAUUUCAGGAAUGCUCAGAUAAAUUCGAUAUUAUUAUCACCGUUGAGGAGCGGGUAUAUGAUCAAGUCUUAGAAUAUAUGGAAUCAAAAGACACUCAGGAUAAUCGUCCUGUGCAUAUAUUUAACGUUAACAUUGAAGAUAAUCAUGAAGAAGCACUAAUGGGUGCUUUUCUCAUAGCGGAUAUGAUAAAUAUGAUGGCAAAAUCGAACGAUCUUGAUAAUGAUAUCGAUGAACUUUUACAUGAAUUCGAAUCGAGGCGUCAUAAAGACAUUUUACAUUCUGUGCUCUUCUACUGACAAAGCCGCAACAUGGUGUAACCACAGCCGCAAUGUUCUAUUGCUGUUAUGAAAUAAAUCGACGUAAUUAUGAUAAUUUUUCAACUAUUAACUAUGAAUUUAUUAUAGAAAAAACACAAAAAACGAAUCUAUGUAAUAAUAAUGAUUGGAAUAAACACAUAGGGGUGUUAUGAGCGAACAUUGAAACUAAUUUUAUACUCUGUUCUUGUGGCCGCAUGUUAUUUAACAGUAACAACAAAAAUUACUAUCAACGUUGUUUACAGCAUAAGAACAAAAACAACAAAAAAAGCAUCUCUU